UGCUGAUUUAGUGGCUUGGAAACAGCUGGCAAUAUGAGCAAGUGAUGUUGUCUGUCUCCCUGCGGCAGCCCCCCCUUGCAUGCUCAGAACUGGCUUGGGAAUGCCUACUGCCUUUAGAGCACUGAGACGCAGAGGAAUGGUCACCCUGCCCGCUCUCUGAUCCCUACUGCUGGACUCUUUAGAAUCAUGAGCUGCCUGGAGGUUAUGUACCCAGCGUAUGGACAUUAUCCACUGUAUGCCACAGCUGCCUCAGCCUACAAUAUAAACAGCCAACAGACUUUAGGUGACAGUCGGAGAAUGCAGAAGAGGGCCGAGAGCUUGCCUGGGACUGUCUCAGCCUCGUUUCCAGGACCCAAGGAGGGCGGCAGGGACAAGGAGAAGCACGUGGCCCCCGAGGCAGAGUACCUCAGCUCCAGGUGUGUGCUCUUCACCUACUACCAGGGAGACAUCAGCAGCGUGGUGGAUGAACACUUCUCCAGAGCGCUGAGCUCUUACAUAGAGGGAGAUGGGAAGAGACGCGCCACAGAGCUGGGAGCAGAAAGCUCCUCCCCGGGUAGACGUAGCUUCCCCCCCUCAUUCUGGGACAGUAACUACUCCCCUCAAGUGUGCCAGAGUCAUUCAGAGGGGACAGCAUACCCCGUGGAACCGUACUCUCUGCACCCGGGCCUGCCUCCUCCGCACGGGCCAGAGUCCUGGGCUUACUCACCGAGCCAGACAUACCCCCACCCCCGCCCCUUGCAUGAACUCUACCCGCCCACGGGCCUGGAGUCCCACUACAGCCCGCUGCUCAUGCCAGCCAUGCGCCCCGCUCGGAUAGCCACUCUUCCUGGGCAUUACGACAUCACCAAACUGGAACCAGCGCCCUCCUGGCACGGUCUGCUGCCAGCCAGCGAUGUCACCCCGACGCUUGCUUUAAACAUCGACGCAGGGCUUCAGCACCACAAGAAAAGCAAGGAGCCAUACUGGUUUUAGAGUCUGUUCAAGUUUUUCUAGUUGUGUCUGUGUUAUCUUCCGGAUGACAAUGGGUGCAGUUAAGCGUUUGCCCUUAUCUUCGGUUCAAGAUCGGAUUUGUUCUUUAUCUUCAAUCAACAUGUGUACACAGAACAAAACAGAAAGGGUGGCUAUGAAUGCAGGGAACUCCUAUGACUGGUGUUCGUUUUCUGGGUGUGCAGUGUUUAUCUGCCAAGAACUGUUGAGCACCAGGCAAGCUGAAUGACUGGCAUUUUUGUGGCGUGCCAUUAUGGAUGAAAAAUGGGAAAAAGAGACAUAUUUAUUUUAGUUUUCCAAUGACGUUACUAAGUAGUAAUUAUAAAUAUUAUAUGUAAUGUAUUUAUCUGGGUCUUGCAAAGACUUUUUUUAUAUUUGCUAAAAUAAAUGCGCAAACAUUGUUGAAAUGAACCGUGGAAGGACAUUUUAAUGACUAUCUUUGUAAGAGUAAUACACAACAUCCUUCAGUUACUGGUGAUUGCAUGAGCUUUUCUUGGGUUUUAUUGAUUAUAUUUAGGAGACCUGAUUACAACAAUGAUUGCAAACCUAAUUACAAAAAUUAAGCAAAGCGGUGGUUCAGGCUGGGAACUCACUUUUAAUCAGUAAAUCAAAUCAAGGUUAUUAAGUGUUGAUAACCAGACAAUUGUCAAUUGAAAUAGCAGUACCUCGUCACUAACAACGUAUUUACUGUCCACUGAUCAUCAUGGAAAGGAUUCAAAUCUUACCUGAUCCAUUACCUACCUGCUGCCUCCUCCUCCCCAGCAUCCACCUGUUUUGGGGCUUUGUCUAAGAGGGAGGGCAGCUAUCUGCCCCCCUGCCCGUGGAUUUCCUACAGUCAACGUUUCCACUUAUCAGUGGAAAAAUGCAUGAGCAGGGGUUCCCUGAGGCGAGGCCAAAGGUCAAACAUGUAUUAUAUGUUAAAUGUGUUAUCCAAGAACUUAUAAUAUGCAUAAAAGUGUGUCGUGUCUAAUCUGUAAUAAAUAUUUGAUCUAUCGCAUGAGUUCCCUGACUGAACUGCUUACAUUUCUCUGUUUGCAGUUGGUUUAUGUUGGACAUACAAACGCUGAACAGCACUGGUAUGAUAGACAAACGCUGCACAGCACUGGUAUGAUAGGCAAACGCUGCACAGCACUGGUAUGGGCUCAACCAGUGACUGGGUAUUUGGAUGAAGAUACACACUAAAUAAUUAUCAACUACCCUGACUUUACCUCUAGUGUCUGUAUUUGCUUUUUCUGUGAUUUUGACAAAGAUUGCUCAACUCCUGACACAAAAACACACUGCACAGUAAAAGAAAGAAAAAAACAUUUACAAGAACUGAUUUCCUAGAAUUAUUAGUUAUGUAUUUUACAGUAUAUAUAAAACAAGUAUAUUCACUCCCCUAUGCCACAAAUUGUGCACCAGUCUUUGUAUGGCAGUGUGUUCUACAGUUUCUAUACAUCGGUAACAUAUGGUGAACUUGAAAAAAAAUUGUUUUUAUAUCAGACAAAUUAUGAACUUUAUUUUUAUUAUAAAAAAAAUUAUUUCUGUAAAUGUGUUCCACGUUUUACAGUGUUCGCAACAGCGCCCCUCUGAGCAAUCAGUUUGUUUCUUGUUGGUUUAUACAUGACAUGUUUUCAUUCUCAGAACAUUUACCUUUGCACUGGCUUUGAAUGUUUGCGAUUGCUAAUUAUUUAUUAUUUAAGUCUGUGUUAAUGUACUUUGACUAUGACUUCAGGAACUACUCUCCAGUUUUAGUUGCCUACCCUAGACAUAAUACUGACCAGAUCAGCCUUAAUGUGUUUAUAUGAAUGAGUGACAGUGGUGUAGUGCCAGUAAAACAUAGACACACUUCCAAGGUGGCAGAGCACUAGAUGGCACUGGCUCUUCUAUAAAGACCAUUAGGCUGAUCUGCCCUGUGUUACAUAUAUCUAUAGGUCUGUAUAUAAAUACCUAUUUUUCACAGUUAGUCUCAGCGAUGAUUGAGGAGGACAUAAAAGAUGGAUAUUACAUCAAAAUGAACAGAAUAAUAUUGCAUCAUAUAUCACAUUAAAGAAAGUCACAAAGUCUA